AGGGCACUCAGUGGUCGCUAGACUCCUGCCUCGGUUGGCAUUUCCCGGUUGGCGAUGGCGACCUACACCUGCAACACCUGCCGGGCCCUGUUGGACGACGCGGAGGCGCAGCGGGCCCACUACAAGACGGACUGGCACCGCUACAACCUGAGGCGCAAAGUGGCCGGCAUGGCCCCGGUCGGCGCCGAGGGCUUCCAGGAGCGGGUGCGGGCGCAGCGGGCCCUGGCGGAGCCGGAGAGCAAGGGCGCGGCCACCUACUGCACCGUCUGCAGUAAGAAGUUUGCCUCCUUCAAGGCCUACGAAAACCAUCUGAGGUCCCGGCGGCACGUGGAGCUGGAGAAGCAGGCGGUGAGCCGGAAAGUGGCGAUCCUGAAUGAAAAGAACUUGGAGAAGGGGCUGGGCGUGGACAGUGUGGACAAGGAUGCGGUGAACGCGGCCAUCCAGCAGGUCAUCAAGGCUCAGCCGUCCACGUCUCCCAAGGAGGCGGCCCCAGCGCCCGAGGCGGAGUCCCGGAAUCCCGUGACCGUGGCCGCUGGAGGACGUGGGACUCAGCAGCGAGACCCGGCCGAGAAACCUCCCCGGCUGCAGUGGUUUGAACAGCAGACGAAGAAGUUGGCCAAGCAGCAGGGGGAGGAGGAGAGUGAGGAGGACCUGGAUGCAGAUGACUGGGAGGAUAUUGAUUCUGAUGAGGAACUGGAAUGGGAGGAUGCUGAAGCCACGGAGGAGGAGGAGGAGGAGGAAGAGGCUGGAGGAAGCACCCCGCUUGGUGCCAUCCCCAUCACGGACUGCUUAUUUUGUCCCCAUCAUUCCAGCUCCCUCACGAAGAAUGUGGCUCAUAUGACUAAAGUCCACAGCUUCUUUAUUCCUGAUGUAGAGUAUCUUUCAGAUCUUAAGGGACUGAUUAAAUAUUUGGGAGAGAAAGUUGGUGUGGGGAAGAUUUGCUUGUGGUGCAAUGAGAGGGGGAAGUCCUUCUACUCCACGGAAGCUGUACAGGCUCACAUGAACGACAGGAGUCACUGCAAGCUCUUCACAGAUGGGGAUGCGCUUUUGGAAUUUGCAGACUUCUAUGAUUUUAGGUAAGUCUGGUUUGUAAUA